AUGUUGCCGCGGCCUGUGGUGCGAUCUGGACGUGGGAUGUUCCGCGCGGCAAGGACCAUGGCGCACAUGGUGCCUCCGACCCGGCUGACAUGGAAGCAACUCAGCCCAAGACCUGAUGCAGCAAAGGGCACCCCUUGCGAAAGAAGCUCGCAUGGCAUUUCCUUUAUCCAGAACGAAGCAGGAUCCAGGCUUAUCGUUUAUGGUGGUGAGAACAUCGCUCGGACAUCCGUAGAUCCAUCUCAGGCUCUGUGGGCAGCAGAUGUGCAGGGUGAUUCCUGGAGCUGGAGGGCCUUGAGUUGUGACGGUCCGGCGCCGCGAGUGGCACAUGCCCAAGCAGCGGUGGGUUCUAGCGUCUACAUCUUUGGCGGAAGAUGUGGCAUCGCCAUGGAUGAGAAGCCGCUGAAUGAUCUUUGGGUCCUAGACUGCCAUUGUGAACCAGGGAAGGAAUCCUGGUCGCAGGUGCAGCUUGCUGCAGGGAGUGACGACCCUCCGGAGCCCAGGUCCUUUCACCGAAUGAUUGCAGUGAGUAGUGAUCUCUAUGUGUUUGGCGGCUGCGGGACGAGUGGACGACUGGCCGAUCUGCACAAAUUCGACACAGUCAAGAAAACUUGGCACAAUCUUGGAAAAUCAAAGCUCUUGCGAGGCAGGGGUGGGCCAAAUCUGCUCCAUUUGAAGUCUGACCGGCUUGCAGUUAUUGCUGGAUUCGCAGGCGAAGAAACUAACGACGGCCAUGCAUAUGAUCUGAAGCAAGGGGCAUGGGAGGCUAGCGCUUUAGAGGGGCUUACAGAUCUUCGCCCCCGUAGCGUGUGCAUUCCAAUUUCGCUUCCAGGGGACAAGGCCCUCAUAUUUGGAGGGGAGGUCAACCCUUCAGAUCUAGGACAUGAAGGGGCGGGUGGCUUCGAAAAUGAUGUUGCCGUUCUCGAUGGCACUACUGGUGCCCUGUUGAGCAGCAUUCCGUCCUCUUCCGGGUGGCCAGUGGAGAGAGGAUGGGCAGACGGAGCUGCUGGAGAGGCGAUCAAAGGAUUGACAGGACGUUUCUAUGUCUUUGGUGGGCUCACCGGAGACGACCAGAACCCUAAACGACUCAAUGACUUGUGGCAGUGUGAUGUGGAAUAG